AUGGAAGAAAGUGCUGUGGGCUUUGAUUUCAGAUGUGACAGUACAAAUGAGAUAGAAGUGAAAAGGCCUGAAUAUACUGAUAGCUGUUCUUGUUUCCCACUUAGCCCGUCCACACCAGUGACAUUUAACCCUUUCAGAAUGGUGCAACUUCCUCCUCUGAAAGACAACGUGAAGAAAAAGAGUGACAGAAAUGAUCUUUCAAGAAAUCUGGACUCUCCAUCUGUUUCUGCAAAAGUUAUUGACUCCCAGUCAGAUAAUCGGUGGCCAAGAGUCCCUCACCGCUCUGAGGAACCAAUUCCCAUUGGUACGUCUGAUAGCUGCUCUGUCACCAGAGGUCCAGACCCACGUACCCUGGAUAACUGUGGCAUUUCCAUUGGGCAUUUGAAAGGCAAAGAGCCUGAGCUGAACAAAUCUGAAGCAGAUAUGAAAAAGGAAGUUACUCGCAACAAAAUGCAUCAAGCUUUGGUAAACUCUGAGAAUGGAAACAUUAUAAGUAAUGAUUGUGUUUUUGAUCCUAAUAAUUCUUUCAGCACAAGCAAAAUAAUGCAUACAGAAGCAGAAGAAUGUGAAUUUGACCCUUUAAGACAUUCACAAGGUUUCAAAACCAAGAACUGGAGAAAAGAUUUAGCAAUCAAGAGUGGUCCUGACCUAGAUUACAAUGUAAAUGUAAACAAUGUUGUGAAUAUUGAGCCUGGAAAUGCAGAUGGAGAUUCAAACUUGCAAAACAAGCCUAUAUUGGACCAUGACUUAGUGAUUACCAUACCUCAUGCUUUGGUGGGUCUUGAACAAUCUGAAAGCAGUAUUUGUACAACAGCAGACUUCAGAAUGGAAAAAAAUGUCACUGCAUUUGAAAGUACUGAAAACAAAAUUACUGGAUCACCCUCCAUUUGUAUUACCGCACCCAGGCAUGAGCCACCUCAGAAUUGCCAAGGCUCUAGACCUUCAGUCCAAAGAAGAAGCAUGCCACCUAACCUAAGCCAAAGCUUCAGCAUAAUUGCUCACAAAGAGAGUCACGGAUACCAAGUAAAUAGCAAGAGAAUCAAUUCUGCUUUAAAAGCUAAAAUGUGUACGAAGAUGUCUCAGGACCUUAUUAUUUCAGGCAAAAGUUCCAUCCAACACCAAACUAAUAAAAUAAAGAACUCCAUUUCCCAUUCUCUAGGAUUGUCCCAUGAAAACGCUAGAAUUUCUUCUAAGUUUCAGAGGAAACACCAUCAGGAGAAAUACCACUUGAACCAGCACAACCAGAACUGUCCAAAGAAGGUGCUUCCCUGUAUUUCCAAAUUCUCUGCUAGCUCAGGAGAAAGCAUAACUUCUAUUCCUGUUAGACAAGUACAUUCCUCUGUGAGCUUUCUGGAUCUGAAAUACAGCGACAUGUUCAAGGAAAUCAAUUCAAAUGACAAAGGACCUGGCAUUUAUGAGAUGUUUGGAACGCCAGUAUACUCCCGUAAGCCUAAUGAAUAUGAAAGCAGAUAUUGCAGGAAUGUGUAUUCUGCACCAGCUGGGAGGCGCAAUGCUGCAAAACACAAAUCUAGCCACUGCAAAGGGAAGAACAGCAGAAUGAGAAAUGUUCAGCAAAUAAUGUGUCCUAAAUCACACAAGAAUCCCCUUGCUCUUAAACAGAAGCAGAAGGUUUUGGUGCCAAAAGAGGCAUCUGAGUUAGAGAACAGGUGUCUAGAACAGGAUGAAGGUGUAAUUGUCUCUAGUACAGAGCAGCAAAUAAAGACUGAAGGGAAUGCAGCACCAUUCCAUGAAGUUCUGGAUCAGCAACUUCUGAUUUCCACUGAGCUUAGGCAACCUGCUAAACAAAAUGAAGUCAUUCCUUAUUCAAACUUGUCACCUAUUGAAGAAGUCUCACUGGAAUAUACUCCAGAUGUUGGUGAGUCUUUUGGUGAGUCUUCCAUUAAAAAGGCAUUUACCACCACCGUCCAGGAAUUACUUUGGCCAGAGGUUAAAGUUCAUGCAGAAUACGCUCCUCUCUUGGGCUGUGAAAAAGCUAUAAAUGAGCAUAAAAAUUCAGGGAAGAACAAAAGCUCAGUGCAGGAAGAACCUGAAGCAACUACUUGCCUUAUGGAGAGAGUCAACUCACCUCUGCAAAACCUCCAGCUUGGAAAUGUCAGUUUAGCAAACUUAUCAGCUAAACAGACUUGCUAUUCUGCCGAUUCAGUUUCUCAGACAUAUCCAAGUAUCAUGAGCUAUGAGAACUGUGAGGAAAUAACAGAAGACAUAUUUUGUUGCUCAGUGACUGAACUGCUCUCACUUGAUGGUGCAGAUGACAGCUGCUCAAGAGCGGUUAUGAAGGAUGAAGAUGUUGAAACACAACAUGGAAAUGUUGAGAAUAAUGGUAGUACCACAAGUGUUAGAAAUAGUAAGAAUUUCAAUCUGAACUUCCCGGAAUCCACUAGAGAAAAUGGAUUUUUAAGUGUCACGACGAUGGCUGAAAACAGCUUAAGUCAUGAAGAUCCAGUCCUGUGGACUAAAGGUGAAAUCCUUGGAAAAGGAGCCUAUGGCACAGUAUACUGUGGACUUACAAACCAAGGACAUUUAAUAGCCGUGAAACAAGUAGCACUUAAUGCCUGUGAUCAAGCUGUGAAUGAAAAGGAAUACCAAAAGCUUCAGGAAGAAGUUGAGAUUUUGAAAAAUCUAACACACAUCAACAUUGUAGGGUACCUGGGGACAAGUUUAAAAGAUAACAUAGUGAGCAUCUUCAUGGAGUUUGUUCCUGGUGGCUCCGUUUCCAGUAUUAUUCAUCGCUUUGGACCAUUGCCUGAAACUGUCUUUUGUAAAUAUACAAAACAGAUUCUGGAAGGGGUUGCAUACUUGCAUGAAAACCGUGUGGUGCACAGAGAUAUUAAAGGCAACAACAUUAUGCUUAUGCCCAAUGGUGUUAUCAAGCUCAUAGACUUUGGAUGUGCAAAGCGCUUAACCUGUAGAAGUCUGACUAAUACACACAGUGAACCACUCAGAUCUGUGCAUGGCACUCCCUACUGGAUGGCACCGGAAAUAAUAAAUGAAUCUGGAUAUGGAAGAAAAUCAGAUAUCUGGAGCAUCGGCUGCACGGUUUUUGAGAUGGCCACGGGAAAGCCACCACUGGCUUCCAUGGACAGGAUGGCAGCCAUGUUUUAUAUUGGUGCUCACAGAGGACUUAUGCCUUCCCUACCCCAGCAUUGCUCCAAAACCGCAGCAGACUUUGUUCAUCUGUGUUUAACCAGGGAUCAGUGUGAGCGGCCCACUGCUCUACACUUGCUGCAGCACCCCUUCAUGACAAAAAAUUCUUGA